AGAAGAAGAAGAGGCGGAAACAAAGUCCGAGGCGGUUGUUUCUCCACGGACGGAGCGCUGAUCCCUGACUGUCAUGGCGGCCAAGCGGAAAGCGGAGCUGACGGUUCCCGCCGAGGAGAGCGACCAGCUGCUGAUCCGGCCGCUGGGGGCUGGUCAGGAGGUGGGCCGGUCCUGCAUCAUCCUGGAGUUCAAAGGCAGGAAGAUCAUGCUGGACUGCGGGAUCCACCCGGGCCUGGAGGGCAUGGACGCGCUGCCCUACAUCGACCUGAUCGACCCGGCAGAGAUCGACCUGCUGCUCAUCAGCCACUUCCACCUGGACCACUGCGGCGCCCUGCCCUGGUUCCUGCAGAAGACCAGCUUCAAGGGCCGGACCUUCAUGACCCACGCCAGCAAGGCCAUCUACCGCUGGCUGCUGUCCGACUACGUCAAGGUCAGUAACAUCUCGGCGGACGACAUGCUGUACACGGAGACGGACCUGGAGGACUCCAUGGAGAAGAUCGAGACCAUCAACUUCCACGAGGUGAAGGAAGUCGCCGGCAUCAAGUUCUGGUGUUACCACGCCGGACACGUGCUGGGAGCCGCCAUGUUCAUGAUCGAGAUCGCCGGGGUCAAGCUGCUGUACACAGGAGACUUCUCCCGUCAGGAGGACAGACACCUGAUGGCAGCAGAGAUCCCCAGCGUCAAGCCGGACAUCCUCAUCACGGAGUCGACCUACGGCACUCACAUCCACGAGAAGCGGGAGGAGCGAGAGGCUCGGUUCUGCAACACGGUCCACGACAUCGUGAACCGGGAGGGCCGGUGCCUGAUCCCCGUCUUCGCUCUGGGCCGGGCCCAGGAGCUGCUGCUCAUCCUGGACGAGUACUGGCAGAACCACCCGGAGCUGCACGACAUCCCCAUCUACUACGCCUCGUCGCUGGCCAGGAAGUGCAUGGCGGUCUACCAGACCUACAUCAACGCCAUGAACGACAAGAUCCGCAAGGCCAUCAACAUCAACAACCCCUUCGUCUUCAAGCACAUCAGCAACCUGAAGAGCAUGGACCACUUCGACGACAUCGGGCCCAGCGUGGUGAUGGCGUCUCCGGGCAUGAUGCAGAGCGGCCUGUCGCGGGAGCUGUUCGAGAGCUGGUGCACCGACAAGAGGAACGGCGUCAUCAUCGCCGGCUACUGCGUGGAGGGAACGCUGGCCAAGCACAUCAUGACGGAGCCGGACGAGAUCAGCACCAUGUCGGGCCAGAAGCUGCCGCUGAAGAUGUCGGUGGACUACAUCUCCUUCUCCGCCCACACCGACUACCAGCAGACCAGCGAGUUCAUCCGGGCGCUCAAACCGCCGCACGUGAUCCUGGUCCACGGCGAGCAGAACGAGAUGGCCCGCCUGAAGGCGGCGCUGAUCCGGGAGUACGAGGACAACGACGAGGUCCACAUCGAGGUGCACAACCCCAAGAACACCGAGGCCGUCACGCUCAACUUCAGAGGAGAGAAGCUGGCCAAGGUGAUGGGCUCUCUGGCCGACAGGAAGUGCGCUCAGGGCCAGCGGGUGUCCGGGAUCCUGGUCAAGAGGAACUUCAACUACCACAUCCUGACGCCCUCCGACCUCUCCAAAUACACGGAUCUGUGUAUGAGCACCGUGACGCAGACCCAGGCCCUGCCCUACUCCGGACCCAUCAGCCUGCUGGUCAGCCAGCUGCGCAGCCUGGCAGGCGAGGUGGAGCAGCUGGACUCGGAGAAGAUCACCAUCCGGGUUUUCCGCAGCGUCACUCUGGUCCACGAACCCGGCCUGGUGCUGCUGGAGUGGGUCGCCAACCCGCUGAACGACAUGUUCGCCGACGCCGUGGCCACGGUGGUCCUGGAGGUCCAGUCCAACCCCAACGCCCAGAAGUUCCUGGAGGGCCGGAGGGACCAGGACCAGGACCAGGACCUGUUCCCCGAGCGCCUGGAGCUCAUGCUGCAUGACAUGUUUGGGGACGACUGUGUCCACUUCAAGGACGGUGGAACCGUGAGUGUGACGGUGGACGGAGUCACGGUGUCGGUGGAUCCGGAGACACGAGCGGUGUCCUGCUCUGAAGACGAGACUCUGCGGGACAUGGUGGAAGUGGCCGUCCAUCGUCUCCACGACGCCCUCAGCCCCAUCUUCUCUCAGGCCACGCCCACCGGCUGAUGUCACAUCCAGGGGGCGGGGCCUCAGCCACACUUUUUGUACCAAGUGUUUUUUUUCUACUGUUUUCUACUGAAUUAGACCCAUGUUGCCAUGGCAACACGGCUCCUCCCACAAUGUUCUUGAAGCCACAUAAAGAGUUUUGAAGCAGA